AUGGACAAUCAAUUCAGUUAUAUCCUGACAUUAAUAGUGACUUUUGCAGCAUUUGGUCAGAUAUGUUGUUUCUCAUUCAACCUUAACUCUAAAGUAAGCUCUCAUUUAGCCAACAAUCGGAAUAGUAGUCAAGCAAAGGGAUGGAUCGGUUCCGGACACAUGCAGUUCACAUUAGACCUGUUGAACUCAUUUGUGAUGACACAGAGCUAUAAUGUCAACCUAAGGCUUAUGGAAUCACUGGUCUUCUCUCCCUUUAGUAUACAAUCGGUUUUAAUGCAACUCCAUUUGGGUGCCAGAAGUCAAACCAAACAAGAAAUUGCUAACAUUUUGCAUAUACCUCCCGAUGAAAACAACUCAACAUUUUCUAAUACACAUGAAAUGUUUGGACAGGCGGUUAAACAGCUGAUUGAAGAUAUCAAUGUCGGAAAAUCGUUAUCUGUGGCCAACCAGAUCUUCUAUCAGGAAGACUUAUCAAUAGCACCGACCUAUUCAUUAGCAUUGGCUCAUUAUCACAACUCUCAACUUAGACCAAUGAACUUUGCCAAAGAUUCUCAGGAAGUGUUAGUUACCAUAAAUGAUUGGAUAGAGAAGCAAACUCACGGCCUUAUAAGCAAUUUUCUGACAUCCCCUCCGUCUCCAUUGACAUCACUGAUGGCAAUAAAUGCCAUCAAAUAUAAAGGCGAUUGGCAUUACAAGUUUGAUGCGGCAGAUACUGAAUCCAAUGCUUGGUUUCAAUUGACAAAUGGACAGACAACUCGUGUACAAAUGAUGGUCAGUCAAAUGCCAGUAGCCUAUGCUUACAACCAGAACAUGCAAUCAUCGAUCAUUGAGUUACCCUACCGUUCCCAACGUUUAGGACUAUUCUUAUUGCUUCCCAACGAAAGUAACGGAAUAUUUAAUUUGUUGCGAUCAUUGAAUUCAACCGCAUUAACCAAUUUGAUUGCAUCGAUGAGAAAGGUUGGACACGGAGGUGUCAACAUACGUAUACCCAAAUUUAGCAUCGAUUCCAUGCCUAAGGUUACUCAAGUUCUCAAGAGUCAGUUCGGUCUCAAAAGUCUCUUCUCGGACGCCGCAGACCUAAGUUCUAUGUUUUCCAGAACUACGGGUUCACUCAAUGUUGAUGAACUGCUCCACAAGGCUAUCCUCAAAAUUGAUGAACAGGGAAGUGUAGGUGCAGCUGUCAGUGCUACUAAUGUGGAAAGGGUUGGCGUCUCAGGUGGUGCUUAUUUUGAAGCUGAUCAUCCAUUCAUUUUCUUUUUAAUGGACAAACAAACGGGACUCAUAUUAUUUGCGGGUAUAUUUGCCGGACACACAAACAAUAGUAACAUUAAUAAACUUUUGUAA